UGCACUCUCUUCUCAUUUGCUCUCUCUGUCCAUCAUCUGCCUGCUCGUCUCCUUCUCCAUCUAUCUCAUCUAUAAUUUCUUGUAUUGAUGAGCGGCGGAGGAGUGUGUGUUCUGACCUCUUCUUGAGUUUCUGCUCUCCCUCCAUCAUUCCUGAUGCUGGUGUGUUGUGGUUGUAGGAAACUCAGUUUAUUCAUGACACUGAACUGCAACGCUUUUCCAGAUGAGCAAACACACGCCACUCUUUCUGCUCUUUUACAAUCGGACUAAAUGUGAAGUGAAACCGUUUCUUCAUUCAGUGUGAAUGGGACGCUGGAUUCAUACAAGGACUUUAACACGGAUGUUCACAUUGGCUCUGUUUGACCCUCUGAAAACCAGGACGCUGAAGAGGACAGCAGCUCCAGAGGACAAACACACACUCAAACACACUCAUGAGGAAUGAGAAAGAGAUGCUACAGAGAGAACACUGUAGACCGACUGCUAAAAGCGUCCACAGGAAACACACAACAACACACUCACUGUCGACAGACAGACAGACAGACAGAGUCAGGACAGUCUGAAGGUCUGUGGUGAGGGUAUGAGAGCGCUACAGCAUCAUGCGGUUUCUGAGAUGGAGGAGUAAAAGUUCGGCUGCACACACACGAGGUUUCUGUCUUGCUCUCCUACAUCAUGUCUUUCUGCAUUUACCGUGGCUUAGCUCCACCCUCUCAGGAAAAGCGGGUGUGGUUUUAUCCACUAGCCCUGCCUCUACGUCCCUGGCCCUGCCCAUCAUUGUACCAGCUCUUCCUCGUGUGCUUGUUGCUACUGCCACUGGCCUGCCAAUCUCGGCGGGACAGGGGCGGCGGGGGCAUGGCUCAUUACAUCCCAUCAUCAGUUGCACAGUACCCACCAGUACCAAAGCUGUUGCAGGGCCUGAGCAUCGCCGUGGUUCUAGUGGGCAACUCCAGCGAGGUGGUGCUCGCCGGCACCCGUGACAAAGACGAUUUCACCCACAUGCCCCUGGCUCCCAACAUAGAGAUGCUCACCAUGAACGAGACGGACCCCAAGAGCAUCAUCAAGAGCAUCUGCGAUCUGAUGACGGAGCACUGGCUUCAGGGGGUGGUGUUUGGAGACGAUACUGACCAGGAGGCUAUUGCGCAGAUCCUGGACUUCAUCUCCACGCAGACGCAUAUCCCCAUACUGGGUGUGAAAGGAGGAUCCUCCAUGAUCAUGGCUGCUAAGGAUGAUAACUCCAUGUUCUUUCAGUUUGGUCCAUCCAUAGAGCAGCAGGCAUCUGUAAUGCUCAAUAUCAUGGAGGAAUAUGAUUGGUACAUCUUCUCCAUAGUUACCACUUACUAUCCUGGUUACCAGGACUUUGUUACCAAGAUCCGCAGCACCAUUGAGAACAGUUUUGUGGGCUGGGAGCUGGAGGAGGUGCUGCUCUUGGAUAUGUCUGUAGAUGAUGGAGAUGCCAAGAUUCAGAACCAGCUAAAGAAGCUUCAGAGUCCUGUGAUCCUCCUCUACUCCACCAAAGAAGAGGCCAACAUCAUCUUUGAGGUCGCUCAUUCUGUCGGCCUCACAGGUUAUGGAUUCACCUGGAUUGUACCAUCUCUAGUGGCCGGAGACGCUGAUCACAUCCCACCUGAGUUUCCCACAGGGAUGAUCUCAGUGUCGUAUGAUGAGUGGGAUUAUGGUUUGGAGGCCCGGGUUCGAGAUGGUGUGGCUGUAAUCGCUUCAGCAACAUCCACUAUGAUGAUGGACAGGGGUCCGCACACACUGCUCAAGUCUGAGUGUCACGGGGCCCCUGACAAGAAGAGCCCCAUUACAGGCAAUCCCAAUGAAGUACUCAGGUAUCUGAUGAACGUGACAUUUGAAGGACGCAAUCUCUCCUUUAGUGAGGAUGGAUAUCAGAUGCACCCGAAGCUAGUGAUCAUCCUGCUGGACAAAGACCGACAGUGGGACAGAGUGGGUAAAUGGGAGAACGGCUCUCUGUCGAUGAAGUAUCACGUGUGGCCGCGCUUCGAGAUUUACUCUGGAACGGAGAAUCGUGAAGAUGAUCAUCUGUCCAUCGUGACAUUAGAGGAAGCGCCAUUCGUCAUUGUUGAGGAUGUUGAUCCCCUCAGUGGAACGUGCAUGAGGAAUACUGUACCCUGCAGAAAACAACUCAAAUCAGUUAAUCACACAGGUGACUCUGCAGUGUAUAUCAAGCGCUGUUGUAAAGGAUUCUGUAUUGAUAUUCUAAAAAAGAUCGCCAAGUCAGUGAAGUUCACCUACGACCUUUACCUGGUGACCAAUGGAAAACACGGCAAGAAAAUCAAUGGCACCUGGAACGGGAUGGUGGGAGAGGUGGUUUUGAAGAACGCUCAUAUGGCCGUGGGUUCACUGACCAUCAAUGAGGAGAGGUCAGAGGUCAUUGACUUCUCUGUGCCUUUCAUAGAGACGGGCAUCAGUGUGAUGGUCUCCCGUAGCAACGGCACUGUGUCACCUUCUGCAUUCCUCGAGCCGUUCAGCGCAGAUGUUUGGGUGAUGAUGUUUGUAAUGCUGCUGCUAGUUUCUGCCUUCGCUGUGUUUUUCUUUGAAUACUUCAGUCCUGUGGGCUACAACCGCUGUCUUGCUGAUGGCAGAGAGGCUGGAGGUCCAUCGUUCACUAUCGGGAAGGCCAUCUGGCUGCUGUGGGGUUUGGUCUUCAACAACUCUGUGCCUGUGCAGAACCCCAGAGGAACCACCAGCAAGAUCAUGGUGUCUGUCUGGGCUUUCUUUGCUGUGAUCUUCCUGGCGAGUUACACAGCUAACCUGGCCGCAUUUAUGAUUCAGGAAGAGUACGUGGACCAGGUGUCGGGACUCAGCGAUAAAAAGUUUCAGAGACCAAACGACUUCUCGCCGCCGUUUCGCUUUGGAACAGUACCAAAUGGCAGCACUGAGAGAAACAUUCGCAAUAACUACAGAGAGAUGCACUCGUACAUGAUUAAAUUCCACCAGCGUAAUGUUGAUGAAGCUCUGUACAGUCUGAAAACAGGAAAGCUGGAUGCGUUUAUUUAUGAUGCUGCAGUGUUGAAUUAUAUGGCUGGUAGAGAUGAGGGCUGUAAACUCGUGACUAUUGGCUCAGGUAAAGUUUUUGCUUCGACUGGAUAUGGAAUCGCAAUUCAGAAAGAUUCUGGGUGGAAAAGACAAGUGGACCUCGCAAUCCUUCAGCUGUUUGGAGACGGUGAUAUGGAGGAGUUUGAGGCGCUCUGGCUCACCGGGAUCUGCCACCAUGAGAAGAAUGAAGUGAUGAGCAGUCAGCUAGACGUGGACAACAUGGCGGGUGUCUUCUACAUGCUGGGAGCUGCCAUGGCUCUGUCACUCAUCACCUUCAUCGCUGAACAUGUGUUCUACUGGCAUAUGCGCUUCUGCUUCAUGGGUGUGUGUUCUGGGAAACCAGGAUUCACCUUUGCCAUCAGCAGGGAGAUUUAUAGCUGCAUUCACGGAGUUGAAAUCGAAGAGAAGAGUUCAGAACUGAAUUCCCCCUCCGCCACCAUGAAGAACACUCACUCAAACAUCCUGCGUCUGCUGCGCACCGCCAAGAACAUGGCGUCUCUUUCUGGGGUCAACGGCUCCCCGCACAGUGCCCUCGACUUCAUGCGUAGGGAGUCAUCUGUGUACGACAUCAGUGAGCACCGCCGUAGUCUUGCCGGACACUCGGACUGUAAGGUCCCAUACCUGCCUGAGGACAACAUGUUCAACGACUACAUCAGUGAGGUGGAGCGCACCUUUGGCAACCUGCACCUGAAGGACAGUAACUUGUACCAGGACCACUACCUGCACCACCACGGAGGUUCAACCCUGGGGCUCACUGGCCCGCCUCCUAACCGCCCCCAUAGUCUGGGCUCCAGCAGUUCUCUGGAGGGUGGCAUGUUUGACUGCGAUAGUUUGGGUGGGGGUGUCGCUCCCAUCUUCAGCACCCAGCCACGCUCUGCCCUGACGCACAGGAACAUGAGCAAGUUUGACCUACUGCAGAGCCAAACUCCUCCAUCUGGGCAGGGCUUGAAGCAGGAACUGGCCAACCUGUAUGGGAAGUUCUCAUUUAAAGGUGGAGCCUCAAGUUCUGGAUACAUCGCAGGUCAUGACUGGUAUUGUAGUGGAGGUGACGAUGGAAACAUCCGUUCAGACGUGUCUGACAUUUCCACUCAUACCGUCACCUACGGCAACCUAGAGGGCAAUGCUAAGAAACGGAAGCAGUACAGAGACAGCUUGAAGAAACGACCAGCGUCUGCCAAGUCCCGGCGUGAACUCGAUGAGAUUGAGCUGGGUUACCGUCGCCGCCACCACCAUCACCACGGACACCGCUCCGCCUCUCCUCCAUCAGAACGCAAGAGGGGAGGUGGAGCAAACUCAUCUUCAUACCUGCUGCAGGACAAGGAAAGCCUGAGAGAUUUCUACCUGGAUCAGUUCCGGCCCAAAGAAGGUGUCCCGCAGUGGGAGCACGUGGAUCUUACAGAUGGUCCCAGUGGGGGAGGCGGAGGAAUCUGCACAAGCCUGGUGUCUGUAGAUGACUUCCUGAAGAGCAAACCCAAGAAGAUGGACAGCAAGACUGGGGGCGAGUGGGAAUGUCGUACCUGUCGUGCCAGCAGCGCAAGUAGCAAGCAGACUGCCCUACAUGGGGGUGGACUUCUACAUGGUGGUGGGGGCUAUGUUGGCAGCGGCAGUAGCUGUGUGGCAUCGGGGGGUGGAGGACUAGGGAGCAGCCGCCCCAGUUCAGCUACUUGUAUGCGGUGUGAAGCCUGCAAGAAAUCAGGCAACCUGUAUGACAUCAGUGAGGACAGUAACCACCUAUUAGACCAGCUGGGAGCUGGCAGUAGGGGCCAGACGCCAGCGCAGCGCCGCAGAGCCUUCAGUGGGAAGCCGCUACGCCGGCAACAUUCUUACGAUACCUUUGUAGACCUACAGAGAGAGGAGGCAGGGGGGAUAGGUGGGGCACUGGGGUUUGGUGGGGCAGGAGGUUUGGGAGGAGCCCUACUGCCGCCGCGCAGCGUAAGCCUUAAGGAGAGAGAGCGCUGCAUGGAUGCCUCUAGUCCCUUCGCACAUGUAUUUGAGCGUCAGGAUACGGACCAUGACCCGCUCUUCUAUGGAGGUGUUGAGAGGGAAAAGGGCACAGGAUCGCCGUUCGGUUUGUUUAGAGCGGGGGAGGGCACACCUUAUCGGCGCUCAGUGGGAGAGAGGGGCCUAAAAGACAGAGGACUGAUGGAGGGGCCAGUUCAUUCCUUAUCCAAAUCCCUCUAUCCUGACCGAACCAACCACAACCCCUUCAUCCCUACGUUUGGUGAUGACCAGUGUCUGCUGCACUGUGCCAAGUCCUACUACAUCAGCAAGCAGCAGCAGUGUGCCGACUUGUGCUGCCCCAUGGGUGUGACCUCCUUCCUUCCAGCAUCUGCCACUUCAGGAGUGAUGUCUAACUUGGCCCCAUGCUUCCCUGCAGAGCUGUGCAUCGGGAACCACCACACCAGCAAGCUCAGCCUUGGUCCACCGCGACCUUUCAAUGGCAGCAAUGGACACGUAUAUGAAAAACUCUCCAGCAUUGAGUCUGAUGUGUGAAAGAUAGUGGGUGAAUAAAGGUCGGCGCCGAACGCUGCUGCUGUAAAGAACAGGGAAACAUUGUUAUCCUGAGAACUCCACAGCCAGAUUUUAGCAGAACACACAGAACUUGAGAGAAUUAAAAAUGUCAUUUCCUGUGAAGUUCACGUUUACACCAAUGGUUCAUCUCUACGAGCUGUUGUGAGAACAAGAGGAUGUCCAUCUGCCGAGUGAGUCUAAGAAGAAGUGCAAGAGAGCAGAUGGCCUGUUUCACCUCCAUCCAUUGCCAUGCUGCCAUCUCUGCUCUCCUCAUACCAGAAAGGCCCAGUGUUGACAUUUUUUUUUUUGUGCAGAUACAAUCAUGAAAAUAUAAUAGAUGCUCAUUGAUUUUAUUAACAGUGUAAUAACUGUACUUAAGAGAUGCUGUGAAGACACCGGUGGCAGGUAAUAUCUUGUUGAAUUCCAGUGGGUUUCAUUUGUCUUUUAUUUCCCAUGGUCUCAUGGUUUACUUACACUUUCCUAACCCAGUUCUAGGGGCCUCUGGCUGCAGAUAUGGAGCGACUAGGUGAGCGUUAGUGAUUUUUGAAUGUGAUCACUCUAGUCUCCAUAUCAAAGGAAGCAUGGAAACGCUCCGGUCUGCUUUUAUGCCAGAGUUUUAUGCCAGUCAUUUAUAAUAAAGUCUCUACUGCCGUGGUAUUUCAUAUCAGAUGAUAUUCAUGGUGAUUUGCCCUGAGAUACCUUUACAUUCUCAUGUCACGUGACUCUUUCAAACAUGUUAUGAUGGUGAAAGACAUUGAGGUGGAAAUAAUAGAGUUAGGUCAGUACCAACGCCUCGCUUUGUUUUGCCUGUAAAUACAUUUCUCUUUAUAUAUACAGACAAGGUCAACCUUUACUAUAGCUUUUUCAAGUAUUUAACAAAUAACCAAAAUAACAAUUAAAAACAGAACAAAAUAACAAAAACAAAAAUAUGCAAAGUGUAGUAAAAUCAUUACUACUCAUGAUAAGUGAUGUUUUAAUCAAUAGUUUGCUUUUUAAAUUCAUGUUUAUUACUUAAUUCUGAUAUUUUACUGCCUCCUAACCAGCUUCAUUUAAGAGUUUACCUUUAAUCUUUUACUACAGUGUAACAGAGCUGAGCAGUGCUGUUGUGGAUAUAUUUAGUUUACUCAAUUAUUUUCCUAAAUAGUCCUUGCUAAGUUUCUCUUCAGUUGUGUUCAACGUCUGGUCACCUCUUGAAGAAGGUUUCCAGACACACACACAUACACACACACACACACAAUACAUUGAGUAUGUAUUAUGAUAUAAAGCAGGGCUUUUGAACCCUUUCUAAGGAAUGACUGAUUUUGUAACAUUAAUGAAUAGGAUGUUUAUAGAGUGUCAUUUGUUUAAGUGUAAUGCUAUUGUGAGGUCUUGUCCUCACUUUAGGUCUAUCACAGAAUAACGUUUCAGCUCCCCUGUUGUACAGUUAGAGUAACUCUUAUGUCUUUGAUUCAUUUUAGUACAUUAUUAUAUCAAGGCAUUUUUAGGGUGUUUUCUCGUAUGUUGAAGCCGGCAGUGUAAAUGUUCCUUUUAUAGCGCAGUAAUGAAUGUUUGACUUCUUCUCACAGCUAACGCUGGCCGUUUAAAUAGGUUUAUAGUUUAGAACACACACACACAUUUCUUUACAAACCCUCACUGCUAUAGCUUGAGCUUUAUAUGCUUGAAAAUCAACAUUUUUCUUGUGUUCAUAGAGAAAAUACGCCUUUUAGGCAUAGUUGUAGUUAUAAUUUUUCUAGUGUAUUUGCAAUAUAUAAGUAACUUUUAUCCUUUUUUUGACUACUAUAUUCUCAUUAUUCUAAGGUAAGUAUAGCUGGUUUGAAGUAUUCUACAGGUAAGAAACGGCCUGUUGUUAUAGUCAUAUCACUACAGUACAAACUCCAUCUGUUGUUUUUUCACAGAAUCGGUCAAUUUGUCAUGAAGGGUGAUAAACGUGUGCACGAGACAGUGAUUUCUAUGUAAAAUACUCUUGUUGCUAUGGCAAUGCCAUGGAUGUUACAUUGCUGUUCCCAUGGUAACUGCAGUGCAAGAGAAUGCGGGCUGAAUGAGUGAAUUGUUUCACUAUGGGAUAAAAUCACAUCCACUUUGAUAUGUUACCAAAAUGUUUACAUCAUAUUCAUCUAUACAACGAUUCUUGUACAGAUUGUGUAAAUAAUAAUGAGAGAAUUGCUCUUUUUGUAUGACAAUAUGAACACAAACCUCAAUGACUUUAAUAGUGAGAGUGUUUUGAUGACUGUAUGAAGUCACGACACAAAUGAGGGAGCAGAAUUCUUUCACAUGCUGAAUAAAGCCAAUAAAACACGGGCGCUUUUCCUGCGCUGUCUGUCUCUCUCUCUCUCUCUGGUGUGUUCACAGGGCGUCUGUCUACCUGCUGCUCAUCUCAGUCUCUCUCUCUGUUUGCUUUGUGUUGCUUGUACUGUUGCCAGUUUCUCUGUGUAUGCACACACUACACUUACUGUACUACACUGUCUACUGUACCACCUCACAACAUCCUGUGCUACAUUAUUUACACAUACCACAUACUGUACUGCCUUAUCUACCUACUGUAUGACGCCAUGCACUGUACUAUCAGCAUACUGUAUUACAUAUCUACUGUAAUAUCUAUACAUACUGUACCAUACAAAACCACAUAGAUCUAUAGAGUGCAACAGUCGGGUUCUGGAAGUAAAAAUCCCAUUCAUUUUCUCCAUAAGGGAAUUAAUUAUUAACGAUAACUUACAAACCUACCAUGAGCUCUGAGGUCAUUAAUCGAUGGUAUAUGCUCCUGUUGAAGGCAUCAGUCUGCAUUAUUUCAAAGUCAUUUAUUUACAGUCAUGUUUAAUAGCAGAAUUACUGGUGAAGAACUACACUACCCAUGAUGCACUGUGAAUUUCACUCUCAUUUCACUCAAACUACUUAGAUAUUUGUAUAUAUCUGAAUAUGGUUUUGCAGUAAAAUUGAAAUGUAUUGUUUUUAUACUUAUAAUCAACUUUAAAUCAAUAGUUUCAUAUUUUUCAAUCAUUUUUCAAUUUGAUUACGUCAUUGGCAAUGCCUCAUGUCUUUGUAGUUCAUUCCCUCACAGUCUUGUACCUUUUGUCUUUUUGUCCGAUUGUCAGAAAACCUUUUUUUUUUUCUUCAAAUUAAAAUUUGUAAUAUUGUGAUUCACCUCAGAGCUGGUUGAUUUGGUUCAUGGUGCACAAUUCUUCUAUGAUGGAUUUUAUGAAAUCACUAUGGCAGAAAUUAAUGGGCAAAAUACUUCCGGAACCAAGACGGAUGAAAAAGUGUGUGGGCACUGUUGCGCUCUGUUUGUGGGGUGGCCGAUAUGACCAAAACUCUAUAUCAUGGUAUAAGUAAUGGUAUUUCACAAUAUGUUUUUUUUUUGUUUUUUUGUUUUUUUGUUUUUUUUUCUGAAAAAAAAAAAAAAAGGGCUUAAUAAUCAUGUGAUGGGGUGGGCAAUAUAAGCAAAAAAUUAUAUAGCAAUAUUCUUGAAUUUUUUGGUCAAUAAAGAUAUAUUUCGACCUACACAUUUUGAUCAAAGUUGAUUCAAAAACUUCUGGACAAAAAAUAAAUUAAGAUUCCUUUUGAUUUAAAGUAAUGUCCAAAGUAAGCCUAAUGGUAUGUCCAUUGCAAUGAAAAAAAAAAACUUUAUCAAUAAAUAAUUAUUAAAAAUA